AUGCACCCCCGAGUGCUGCGGGAGCUGGCGGAUGUUAUUGCUAGGCCGCUCUCCAUCAUCGUGGCAAGGCCCUGGAGAACAGGAGAGGCGCCUGAGGCCUGGAAGAAAGCCAGCAUCACGCCAGUCUUCCCAAAGGGCAAGAAGGAGGAGGCAGGAACCGCCAGGCCUGUCAGCCUCACCUGCAUCGCUGGAAAGGUGAUGGAACAACUCCUGCUGGAGGUCCUCGCCAAGCAUGAGGAGGACAAGAAGGUCACGACAUUAAUGGAGCUUUGGAACCAUCUAACAUCGACACUAGCAUCCUGGAAGAGUACAUCAGCAAAGAGGACUCACCAGAUAUGCAGCCAGCUCCCAAUCCGUCAUGGUCCUCUUUUGACCAACCCUUGUGGACCCAGCUAUGGUGCUCACCUCAACUGCAAUAACAACAAUGGCAUGGUGGUGCCCAAGGGCUACCCUGGUGGCCUCUGCAUAAACAACGUGGUCCCUCCAAUCAAAUCGGAGCCCAAGGCCUCCUAUGCACCUGGCACUUUACCUGACUCUCCCCCGGAUUCUGGAUCAGAAGCCUACUCCCCUCAGCAGGUGAAUGAUCCUCACCUUCUUCGGACCAUGACCCCUGAGAAUAUGUGCCACAUGACUCCCCCGUCCCGCCUGGAUCACCCUGCUCCGCCUCCUCCACCUCCCCACCUCCAGGGUCCUCCCCCACCUCCACCUCACCCUCACCAGCAGCAGCACAACCCUCAUUACCCCAGCCUGCAGCGGGACAUGUACAUGAAGGCUGAGCCUCUGAUGCCGCCAUAUGGCAUUGGGCAGGGCAUGUCGCCGGGCGACCUCCACCAUGCCCAGCAGUCGCAGAUGCUGCACCAGCUACUCCAGCAACAUGGAGCAGACCUCCCAAUGCACCCUGCCAAGAAGAGGAAACACUCCGAGUCACCCCCCAACACCCUCAAUGCACAGAUGCUCAAUGGGCUGAUAAAGCAGGAGCCAGGUAUGGGGUCUGUGCCACUCAACCCUGACAGAGUCCAAACGCCUCCCUGGCACCAGCCGGGAGCGCUUUCACCAGGCCUGAUUCAAGAUAAUGACAGCUUGAAUGGCUCCUACCUGGAUCCUAACUACCAGUCUAUAAAGUGGCAGCCGCAAUAGCCAACUCUAUAUGAUGCCAACUACAAAGAACUCCCUAUGCUCACAUACCGUGUAGAUGCCGACAAGGGGUUCAACUUCUCAGUGGGUGACGACGCCUUUGUGUGCCAGAAGAAGAAUCAUUUCCAGGUCACAGUCUACAUUGGCAUGCUUGGAGAUCCCAAGUAUGUGAAGACCCCCGAGGGCCUGAAACCCUUAGAGUGCUUCUACCUGAAGCUGCACGGAGUGAAGCUAGAGGCCUUGAACCAGUCAAUCAACAUAGAACAGUCACAGUCUGACCGCAGCAAACGGCCAUUCAACCCUGUCACGGUCAACUUGCCUCCAGAGCAGGUCACCAAGGUCACUGUGGGGCGGCUGCACUUCAGUGAGACCACAGCCAACAACAUGCGGAAGAAAGGCAAACCCAACCCGGACCAGAGGUAUUUCAUGCUUGUGGUAGCUCUGCAGGCACAUGCCCAGAACCAGAACUACACGCUUGCAGCUCACAUCUCUGAACGCAUCAUCGUCAGAGCCUCAAACCCUGGCCAGUUUGAGAGUGAUAGUGAUGUGCUCUGGCAGCGGGCACAACUCCCUGAUACUGUCUUUCACCACGGCCGAGUUGGCAUUAACACAGACCGCCCUGAUGAAGCCCUCGUGGUCCAUGGCAAUGUGAAGGUCAUGGGUUCGCUGAUGCACCCUUCAGACAUCCGAGUGAAGGAGGACAUCCAGGAGGUGGACACCACAGAGCAACUGAAGAGGAUCUCCCGUAUGCGGCUAGUACACUACAACUACAAGCCUGAGUUUGCAGCCACUGUGGGCAUUGACAACACCCCUGAGACAGGUGUCAUUGCUCAGGAAGUAAAGGAGAUCCUCCCGGAAGCUGUGAAGGACACUGGGGACCUGGUCUUUUCUAAUGGGAAGACCCUUGAGAACUUCCUGGUAGUGAACAAGGAGCGGAUAUUCAUGGAGAAUGUGGGAGCUGUGAAGGAGCUAUGCAAACUGACAGACAACCUGGAGACCCGCAUCGAUGAGCUGGAAAGGUGGAGUCAUAAACUGGCCAAACUCAAGCGGCUGGAUAGCAUGAAGUCAACUGUGAGCUCUGGGGCAUUCAGCCAAACAGGAAGCCAGUUCAGCCGUGCAGGAAGUGUACCCCACAAAAAAAGGCCACACAAAGUAGCCAGCAAGUCACCAUCAGUUGUUCCGGAACAAGCCUGCAUCAGCCAGCGCUUCCUGCAAGGCACUAUCAUUGCCCUGGUCAUCAUCAUGGCAUUCAGUGUGGUGUCCAUGUCCACUCUCUACGUGCUGAGCUUGCGCAAUGAGGAGGACCUUGUGGAUAUUGAUGGCUCUUUUGCUGUGCCCACUGCCUGUCUCUUGGCACUCUUUCGGCACAGGGGUCCUGGGAUCCCGGUCGCUCUAUGCCCACGGUCAAAUCAGAACUUUGAUAAAACUCAGUUGGCACCAUCCACAGUCGCGUCAGAUAAAGCCAGUGAUAGGACCCCUACACACCAAGUCACAGCGAAUGCGCAUGAUUCUGUCUACGGCUCACCUGGCCAAAGUGUGCUAGCGUGCUUCAAUCCACCGUGUUUCUCCACAUGCUGCUCUGCUGCUCCCACCAAUGUCUCCUCCAUUGCCCUCUCUGAGACCAGCCCCACUCGUGUCACUAACCGGACAGACCAAAGUCAGACCUCACUUCUGCCAGUGACAAAUAUCAAAGCCAAAUCCAGGGGUGUCACCGGGAAAGCAACCUCCUACACCAAGUGGCCAAAGACACCUGACAGGUCUCAGAGCUUCGGCAGCCCCAAUGCCAGCCCCUCCUCCCCUUUCACCCACGUCCAGGGCAAAUCCAAGUACAUCUCCAACCUCUCGCUCUCCCGCAGCAACUCGCCGCUGGCGCAGGCCCGGCAGCAGCGCAGUGUCAAGCAGCCAGUGAGCGAGUGGCCCCGUGCAGAGGAUCCUGGCACGGAUGGGCCAAGUCCAGUGCUGCACUCCAUCCGGAUCUUGGAGAUCAAUGUGGCCAUCGAGUCCCAGUACUGUGCAGCCAGCGAUGCUUGCAGGACUGGAAACUUCACCUACCGCAUCCCUGUCAGCCAGCUCACAGCAGUAAACACCAAUCUGACACUGGAGAUGAACACCUCUUCUGUUGUGUCCAUCUCCCUUUGUGGCCUUGUCUCUAGCGACCCAUGCCAGGAUGCUGCAAGCAUGGACAGCUUCAUCAAUACCACAGACACACAGGAAACAAUGCACCGUUGGCCUCUAGUGAUGAUGUCCUUCCAGGAGUUCACCUACCACUUCAGAGUAGCCCAGCCUGGUCGAGCCAACUGCAGCACUGCUCCUGAGCAGAUGGGACACCUUUUCACUGACUAUUAUUUUCAGUUUUACUGGCUCUGUGAGUGAGUCCUGGCACUGCCAGUGUCCUCUGGUUGGAGAGAGGAAAGGGACUGGUAACACUGGGGAGACUCCUGUAUUACCCUCCUCCACUAGCCCCCAGCCCCACCUUAUCCCUGUCUCCUGCUUUGGGUGUGGAGCUGGUUUGGUUGUGGCCUGGUGACACAGACACUGAAGCACAGCACACACAGAGCACAGGACCUAUGCCACAGAAACACAACCAGUCCUGUGGUUUCUCCUGGGCUGACCCUAGCACCAACUCCCACCAUCCCACACUGCCCUGAACAACUCUCUCCUUCCCUUAUGGGGACAAUUGUGUCCUCCAUCACUUCUCCCUCCCCCUGCUACACUGGAUUUGAAAGCAUUACACUGUAUGUGAAUGGGCCUGCCACACCCCAGAGUGCGACUGGGAACUCCACCCUGGCCCAGUGGUUCCAGAUGUGCUGCAUUAGCUCUCUACAACACUGGAAUUGCUCAACACUGGAGGCCUUUCCAAGAUUGAAACACUGGAAUUUCUUCUGGAAAGGAAGGCUGCACCUGGACAUACUGGAAGUUAUACACUGGAGUUGCUGUUCCUUCUAGUUGGCCCAGGGCCAUCCCCGGCAGCCUUAUUCCACAGAUUCCUGGAGGCCCCAGGAUCCAUGAAUUGAAUGUUCUCUGCUGACAGCAAGAGAAAGGGCAAACAUCACCGCUGCUGCUUCUCUCCCUCUCCUCACUGUACUCUAACCUCCACAGCACACAGGUCUGGAUGGAUAAACUCAAGAACCUCACUAAGACACUGCUAAAGCUGUACCCAGGUCAAACCAUGUGUGGGGGACACUUGUCAUCAAUGCAUGGGAUAAUAAUUAUUCCAGUCACCUGCCUUAAGUGUUGUGGGAGCCCAUUGUUUGGCAGCAGUGUGUGGCCUCUCUCAGUGGAUGUGGAGCUGCUCAGCUGGCUGUAGAGUCAACGCAACCACCUCUGCCCAGAUGUGCUAAAGGGAGACCGUUAGCAAAGCCUGCUGCACCCUGCAGAGCAGGAUUGGGGUUGCCCCAGACAUGUGGGUCGGUUUCUCUGCACCACCUGGUGAAUGCAGCUCUGCUGUCUGAUGGAUCACUGCCAAGCAGUGAAAAAAAUGACUAAUCUUCUCCCAUCACAGAGGGGGAAAUGGCAGGGACUGUGGGCCCUCACUCUCACUGUUGUUCUCAAAAAAGCAGUUAUGUUGAGCGUAUUUUGGGUAUUUUACUGUUACAAGUUCUUAACUUGCUAAACUACUGAUUUUUUUUAAGUGGUAUAAAAAUGGGCCUCUUAAUUCUGUUGCUAUUGAGCUGUGUGUCUCUCACACAGGAAACCAAAGGGGGCCAUUGCUAAGCUCCAUGUUAAAGCUUGACUGCUACAGUGGUAUUGGGAUAUGUCAGACUGACAGCUACCAGUGCCCAUGUGUCCUUCUCCCCAUCCCGCUCCAGCACCUCUUAGUAAAGAAGGAAACAUCUACACUCCUGGAGGUCAAGCCACUACCAGAUUAAUAUUUUUUGAGACUUUUUUUUGAGGAAACAGCAGCCACCUCUGGAGAAAGGAAAGAGCAGUGAGGGGAAAAAUGCCACUCUUCAUUCCUGAAGCAAACUCAAAAAGUGGUUUCAGAGAAAACAAACAAACAAAAAACCCCCCCAAACCCUUGCACAGUCCUGUCACUAGAUGUAGGCAACUCUAACCAAAUUAAGUUUGGGCAACCACAUUGGGGCCCCAGCUGCUGGUCUUUGUUGCUUUCAGUGGAGACAGCUGCAGCACAUUUAUACCAGCACUGAGGAAAGGAUGGCUGACAUGCCCCGACACCACCACCAGUGGGAUCUGCUGCACAGGAGAAACGAGCUGCAAAUAUGCUUUAGCCAGAUACAGAGACAGUUCCUGUAUGGAUCUCUUGGGAUCAUUCCCCAGUCUGGGGAGCAGUUUUAUCUGCCUUGUGUCUCUUGUCUCCCAUUUCAGAAUUUCUUUCUGAGCCUGUCCUGAGAAAGCAGCCAUAGCCUUGCAAUUCCUGGUGCCAUCACUAGGUGUUGGCAUCUCUGUUUCCAAAGGACCAGGCCCUUUAUUUGUAGGGUGGUUUCAAGGUCAGGUCUUCAUUCCCAUUCUGUGCCUUUGGGACGCAAACAUUGUUAAUGCUCUGUAGUUACUAAAAUGCACUUAAACCUUGGCAGCUGGGAACCAGAGUGAGCAGUGAAUUCCUGGCAACCAAAUGAGUAUGCAGCUAGAGGACAGUCUUCUGCCCAACUGUGGGGAACUCAGAGGGAAAGCAAGAAGGCCAAGGACUUGGUAGUAACUAAUCACAAACAGGUCAGCUCUAUCCUCAGUAGGACUUGCUGUUCCUGCCCAGAACUCGUAAGGAAACCCAAUGCAGCUCUCUGGAGAGGACACUCAGUACUCUUCCAGUUCCUUCCCUCCACCUGCCUGAGCUUUCUUGAUUGGCCUCAAACUGGGAAGUUACUAUCUUGGCAGCUUUUAUUCUCCACUUGGCAAUCAGUGGCUCAGUCUGGCAAGUCCAUAUCUAGGUGAGUGAAUGCGCACUCUUCUAGGUCUGCUCAGCUGAGAGGUAGCAAGCAUUCUCAGGCUCGGUUGCUGCUGUCCCUACUCUGCUGAGCUACACUGAAUACCUGUGCUUUCAUUUAGCAACUGAAGAGAUAACUGGCAAUGUUAUGAGGGUGAGAGCUGAAACACUGCCUGCAAUCACCACUACCCAACCGAUCCCCCAUGAAGUUCUCACAGGCAGUGGCUGAGGUGAGCUAAGAUCUGCAAGUGCAUCUCACCCUCCUACAGAGGAAGCCGAUCCUGGAGGGGAGGAAUCAAUCACCAGAAAUGGGAAAUAGUCAUGGCCCAACAGGAGAUGGAGAGUCUCUCAGGUAUCCCUGUGACACUUAGGCAUGGGGUUUACAAGGGGCCCUAGCAAACCAAGUGCCUAAGGGCUACAGGAACAUCUCUAGUGCCUUUUUUCUGCUAGUAGGACUGUAUGAGGGAACAGUGGCUUCCCACAUGUACAAUAAAUGCUGUGUGCCUCAAAAACAGUAGUCAGUCAAAAUAGUGACACAAGGCAACACCUAAAAUGGAAAGGCUAGUCCUACCCAUAUAUAACUGUUUCAAGCAGAGUGGCAGUGGUAUCAAAAGAAGAGACAGAGAUUCAGAAUGCAGUUUUUAGUGUCUUUUGUCACAACACUAUCCUUUAUCACGUCACAAAUCAUAUGUCAGUUGUACCAGCCACCAAGCAGGAAUACCAGAGCAAGGCAGAAACUAGAACGUAAUAGGGGUUUUUUUUAAUGCUGAAAGGGUAGCAGGAUGGCUUCCAAGCCCAUGGAAACUGCUUAUAUAGACUUCCCAAGAAGGUGUUUCUGCCUUAUCCACCUGUAACUAAAGAUGUUAGUUCCCCUUCCCAAAUCAGUAAAAAGAACGAGUCAACAAUCAGGCCUUUCCCUGCGUGAGACGGAGGGAGCUCUGAGCCAAUGUCUCCAGCCUUGCAGCUUAGGAAAAACCCUCUUUUUUGUCCCAGCUGGAAACUAGAAGCUUCAUCUCUCUAGACUUUCUUGACAGGAAGGAAAACAAGCGUGAAACUGAGGCCACUUUCCAAAGUUUGGCUGCUCUGCAGUUUGUUUCAAAAGCAAAUUCACAAACCUUCUGUCCUACUGUUAAAGCUUAAAGCCUGUAAAUAGAGACUAUGCCACCACUGCAAGAAUUAAAAAAAAAAAAAAAA